AUGUCAGAACCGUAUUGGGCAGUUAUCCAUCGUUGCCAGAUGUCCAAAGAAGAAUUGGGCCAGGUGAUCCAUCCAAUGUCUCAGAACCGGAAGGUUCAGAGUGACAAUACCAACUCUGGUCUUCGAAACCCCCAUCAUGAGAUUGGGGAUAAACAAAAGCCAAAGCCCUCUAAACUUGCUCCUUACUGGAUAUUUGAUUGUGAAGAUAUCACCCAGUAUGUGAAGCCUCAUGGACAGCCUAGUCUGUUCAGGAAGAAGUCGAGGAAGAAGUCCUCUUCAACAGAUGACGUUCUGGAAUGCCCAUCUGAGUCCAACGAAGCACUUUUCAAAGACGAGGAGCCUUCAUUCCAUAUCUGUCCCUGCGUUUUUAAGGCAGCUUUUGAUCGCUGCCACUGUCUUGCUAGUCACGAAGACGACCAACCCGAAGAAGUGACACUUCCUCCUCCAGAACGAAUGAGAGAUAGAACAUUCAGAGUUAAAGCAUCUGGUUACUCGUCAAAUGGUCAUUCUACUUCGUUGAGGUUUCUAGGGCACCGCUUUGUUUCAAAAGUCUACAGACUCUCCGUCAGGCUCAGAGGGAGAUUCAGAAGAGGCUUUACGAACAGCACUGGCCAAACUUUUGGCUUCAAAAGAGUCCUACCGCCACCGCUUUUUUCUACUUCCUCCUUGAAGUUUGAGUCUAGUGUAAGUGAGCAGGAGAGUACUAAAAACCCAGACUACUUCCAAAGCAAGGAGGAUAUCGCUAGAAUUGUGAAGCCUGCGUUGAAAGGCCUUUUUGCUGCAUUAUUGAGCAGGCAUCUCGAUGCCCUGCCAGAGGCAUUUGAAGAAACUGCCUUUAAUUUGGUCAAGGAAAUGUGCAUCAAGAAAGAACAGUUUUUUGCACUUGUGGAAGGCUGGGAGUUUCUGGAACUCUGUGCCAACCUAAGUCAUGAUGUUCUAGGUGCUAUUCUAUGGGAUUGUAUGGUUGAAGGACGAAAGAAGGUUGAUGCUAUUAGAGAUAAGAGAGCACUUAAAGAGGCAGCACGGGUUUUGAGGUAUGAGAUUGAACUCCAGGAGCCACGGAUUGAACAGCUACUGGAAGAGGCAGAAGUCAAUGAAGAGGCUACUAAAUCUAAUUAUCCUUCGAGUGAGCUGCUUUUACCAGAAAGAGAGGACUCGGAAAACCCAUGGCUUGAACCUACUAUUUAUCAAUUGGACCCUGCUUACAUUGACUUACCAGAAGCAAACGAGGAUAACCAAAGCGAAGAAAGUGAAGGUGGUUCGAACAAACCAUCUGAUGAAAUUACCCUGGUAAUUGUCCCUGAAGAAGUACCUGUGACUCUUGUGACUCGACACACUCCCUCUAUUGAUGAUGCCAGAUCCAUAGCCUCUGAACUGCCAGAUGGUUCAGCAUCAGAGGAUAGCACGAUCAAGGGGCUUAACUGCGCUACUGGGGGUGAAGGCCAGGGGAACAAACAAUCAUCUCCUGAAGAAUCUACAACUUCUCCUGAAGUAAUCAGCUCUGGUUCAAUAGCGUCCUCAGGUUCGCCCUCUGACAUUGCCAGUGCCCUUUCUUCAUUAUUCGUGGAGUCACUGCUGGAUGAUCGAUCUCUCCAGAGGCAACAACAUACGCCUAUUACAUCGCCGGAGUUCUCUACUUCCACAUUAUUAAAAUCUGCUCAGAAGAAGAAGAUACCUGGGAAGCUUAUCAGAAACAUGGUGAGCCAAUUCGACUCAAUGUCUGAACUACCAGGAAAUACGUUUCCUGUCAGACUACAAGCCAUUGGGCCUUCCAGUUCAAAAAAACCAGGCAGCAAAGGGAGUCAAAAAGAAAACACAUUAAGCGACUGUUCAAGGAUACCACUGACCAUCUCUGUGGACUAG